UUCAACGUAUCAAAACCGAAACUUUUUGGUUCGUGCUAUUGGUUCUGUUCACGGGCGAAAUGUGUGAAACGUUUACCACAGAAGCACUAGAGGAUCGGUUACGGAGUUUGCACGAGCUGACAGAAUUUACGGAAAACUGUCGUACACAACUGGCAGAGCUCUUUAAUGCACUGGAAUGGAAUCCGGAUUUGGAGUCAUACUCCUUGGAAAAGAUGGAGGUUUGUUCCUACGAUACAAAUCACACUGUUCGUAGUGGGAGCAUGGAAAAACACAAAGCAAACUGUCAGCUCGUCCAGUUAGGAUACUCCAAAGAGGAACAGGCAGAGAUGUACGAUCCAUCCUUUUGCUAUGAGAGGGCAAAUGUUCCCAGCAUAAAUGUAGAUAAACAUACACAACAUGAAGUAAUCCUGCAAGCUUGUGCAAUUGCCCCUCCCCUUCAGUCUGCAGGAGCAUACUGCCAAAGUGAUUACUCCACUGAACCUGUGGAAGUUCCUCAGAACCACAAGCGAUCAAUAUGUGACCUCACUGUUGCUGACCGAUUGGCCUUGUAUGAUCAUGUUAUACAAGUGGCCAUGCAGCAGGGUGCAAAGGCACAAUCAUCCAGCAAUGAGGAUCUGUAUGUGGAUCUUGUUUCUAAGCUUAAUAAAGAUGAGGAGCAAAGUGGCCCAAAGUCUCACCUCGAGGUCUUGGCUGAGAUGAGGGACUACAGGAGACGACGCCAGUCAUACAGGGCAAAAAAUGUUCACAUCACCAAGAAAUCUUACACUGAGGUUAUUCGUGAAGUGAUUGAUGUCCACUCUGGGGAGCUGGCGAGACUGUGGCAGCAGGAAAGAGAGGAAGAGAACAAAAUAUUACAAUAUAGGAGACCAUCAGACGAAGGCCGCGCUGCGUCUGCUGAGUCGCGGGAGUCCCACACAAGCAGCAGGGAGAAGUUCAGCUCCCGCCACAAGCGGAAGCGCAGUCGCCAGCAGAGCCAAGAUAAGGAGAGCAGAAACAGGAGGAGGGGUUCCCGUUCUUCUGAAGAGAGGCAUCACAAGAAAAAGAAGAAGAAGAAGUAAUGAAUUGUGUGUUUGUAAUUAGGUCAGAAUGCUGGAUUUUAUUUUUGGUUUUUUUGUGGAUCCUGCGUGAACUCUCAAUGCAGAAGUUUGAAUAAGAAUUUCCAGAUUAUUUGGGUGCAUUAAAUUAAAUCUUAACUGAU